GUUGCGCCCAGCUGCAAAGAAACCUUGUGCCCCCAAUGGUGGCACUUGUUUUCCCAUGCCGUGUUUCGGCCCAAACGGAAUUGUGGGGCAUCGUCGGCAGGUCAUGCGCUUGGAACCAUGAGGCGAAUCAAGGUUCUGGCGCGCGCAGUGGUGCCCUCGCUGGUGCUUGGCCCAUGGGUGUCACCAGGCUGGCUGUUCACCGGCCCCUUGUGCGCCGCCGCGCAGGCACAGGCCCCUUUGACGGCACGCUGCGCUUCCAGUGAGGCAAAGGACGAGGUGCAGCUUGCCAAAGAGCUGGCCGAAAAGAAGGAUACUGCGCCUGAGACAAUCUUUGACAAGAUCGUGCGCAAGGAGAUUCCUUCCAAGGUGGUGUUUGAGGAUGAGCGAGUGCUGGCCUUCAGGGAUGUGAGCCCUCAGGCUCCAGUGCACGUGCUGGUCAUUCCAAAGGCCCGUGAUGGUCUCACGCAGCUGUCCAACGCACGGGAGGACCAGGAGGCACUUCUUGGCCACCUUAUGUACGUUGCGAGCCGCGUGGGCAAGGACGAGUGCCCCGAAGGCUUCCGCAUUGUCAUCAACGACGGCAAGCACGGUGCCCAGUCUGUGCCGCACCUGCACCUGCACGUCAUCGGUGGCCGUCAAAUGCAGUGGCCGCCGGGCUGAGCAGUUUUUUGUUUUGUGUAGAAUUGGUUAAUCCAGAUUAGCAAGCCAAGCCAAAUGCCACGCCGCGAACAGGAGGAAAACACGAG